CUAUAUUACAAUUGAACUCCAUUUGGAAACGUCGUAUCUUAUCUUCUAGCAAGGACCCAGUUUCUAACUGUCGAUAAUUCGUUUAAGCGAGUUCACCUACUUCUAUACCAACGCGUAUAUGAGUAUGGUGUACAGUAAGGAAAUAUUGAAUAUCGUGCUGGUAUGUUUUGUGGGUUAUGCGGUCAGUGCAGGCACUACCAGAGGAACUACGGUAUAUCAUGAACCAUCGAUUCAACACAACAUACGAUUCACCUAUGAUGCUGUCCUGCACAAUCUUAUUGCGACAACUACUGGUACCUGUUUCAUGGUUCCGCUGAACCACGAUGAACUAGACCAUGUCCAUACUACUAGAGGAAUUGAAGAUCUCGAGAUAAAAAUGGUGCGAGAAUGGAUUGGGCAGCUCCCGGAAACCAGAAUUUACCAUGGUGAUCCACAUCUACCAGGAGACACCAGGAAAUUGUGCAACGGCAAAGAUAUCUUUCUUCUACAAAGAGACGUCGAUACGUCGUCACCGCUGUCCCCUCUAGUGACUGGGUGAUUGUCUUACCAAGAUUGCUAACGAAAUUUUGUUCCUAAAAUGAAAGUGAAAUAAAAUUAUCAAAGGAUUGAA